GCGCCGCCCCGCCCCGCCACGGGCCGAGCUCGCGGGCAACAGGUAGCUGCCGUUUGGCGUUGAUUGCAAUCGCUGCGACUCGACAUGAGCAUCGAGUCCGUCGCCGGCACUCGGGCCGCCGUUCCGCGGACUUGAACGGCACGCCGCCGACCUGAGGGGAGGCCCUCCUCUACCGCAGCCUUCACCGCCUUCCGGAAGACGCAGACCGUCGCAGACGGAGACGGCCCGGACUCUGCCGCCGUCGUCUGCCGCGUUUCGGCGUUUUGUUGUCAUCCUGUUUGUGUGCGGGAACGGGUGCCGAAGAGCGUUCCCAGUGUGAGUGCGUCCCGCGCGUCCAGUGCAGUGCCGCGCGCCGCGUCGUCUGCUGGAGGCGCCGAGGUGACAUUUUGGCAGCGUUGUUCGCUAAAUGAUAUUCGACCGGAGCUUCGACUUUGCAAGAAUGCUGAGCGCCGUGGACCUGGUGGCGCUGGUGCUGUUCGGAGCCAUCCUGCUGUUCGGGGAGUUCCAGACCAAGUGGGGCUGGCUGCGCCUCCGGAAGUCCAAGACUCUGUCGCCGCCGUCGUCCCCGACGCCCACGUCGCACUCCCACAAGCCUGAGCCGGAGCCGAGGCGCAAGGGCGUGCAGGACAUCCCGGGUCCGUGGCCCCGGCUUCCAGUGCUGGGCACGCGCUGGAUCUACUCGCUGGGCGUCUACAAGAUGGACAAGAUCCACGAGGCGUACAGGGACAUGUUCGAGCGGUACGGCCCCGUGGUGCGCGAAGAGGCGCUGUGGCGGAUCCCCGUCGUGUCCGUGCUCGAGCGCUCCGCCAUCGAGACGGUGCUCCGCAGCUCCACCAAGUACCCCCUGCGCCCGCCCACCGAGGUCACCUCCCACUACCGGCGCUCGCGACCCGAUCGCUACACCAACCUCGGGCUCGUCAACGAGCAAGGCGAAACGUGGCAUCAUUUGCGCUCCAUCCUGACCCCGGAGUUGACCAGCGGCAAGACGAUGCUGCGCUUUCUGCCGGAGCUCAACACCGUGGCCAGCGACAUGUCCACCCUGCUCGCCACCAGCCGCGACGCCAAGGGGGUCAUCCCCAAGUUCGAAGAGCUAGCCAACCGCCUGGGGCUGGAGAGUACAUGCACGCUGAUUCUGGGACGCCGUAUGGGUUUCCUUGAUGAUAAAGUAGACCCUCAAGCUGCUAAGUUGGCUGCUGCCGUCAAGGUGCACUUCUGUGCGUCGAGAGACACAUUUUAUGGACUUCCCUUCUGGAAGGUGAUGCCUACAAAAGCCUACAGGGAACUAGUAGAAAGUGAAGAGACCAUUUAUGACAUAAUUUCUGGUCUCGUGGAUACUGCCUUGGCAGAGGAACAAAAUACUGCACAGAUAGAUGCCGUUCAGAGUGUAUUCCUGGCUGUACUUAAUGCGCCUGGAUUGGAUAUACGUGACAAAAAAGCAGCAAUUAUUGACUUCAUUGCAGCCGGAAUCCAAACACUUGGGAACACCCUUGUGUUUGUGCUUUACCUGAUAGCCAAGCACCCAAAUGUUCAACAGCGACUCUAUGAAGAACUUAUUACGGCUGCACCUCCAGGAAGUCCUUGGACUGCUCAGAAUUUACGUAAUGCUCCUUAUCUGCGAGCCUGUAUCAUGGAGGCAUUCAGAGUUCUCCCAACCGCUCCAUGUGUAGCAAGAAUUAUUGACACAGAUAUGGUGCUGAGUGGUUAUCAUUUGAACGCUGGAUCGGUUGUACUGUGCCAUACAUGGCUUGCUGGCUUGAAAGAGAGUAACUUCCCAGCUGCGCAUGAGUAUAGACCUGAAAGGUGGUUGAAUGGUGGCCCAGGGUCCGCUGCAACUUUCUUGGUUCUACCAUUUGGCUGUGGCCGGCGUAUGUGCCCUGGGAAACGAUUUGUUGAGCAGGCCCUGCAAGUUGUCGUAGCACAGACUGUUCGUGAUUUUGAAGUAGGCUUUGAUGGAGAAUUGGGUCUGCAGUUUGAAUUCCUUCUUUCACCUCAAGGGACAGCAAGUUUCUCAUUCUUGGAUAGAGUUUAGCAAUUGCUGAAGUAGCACUAGUAGUUUGUGGUUUGUGACUCCUGGUCACUAAUUUCUGCUAUUGUCCUUUCCGACCUCAUGAGCUGCAGUUAAAGCUUUUGAGAAGUAAUGCAUUCCUGCUUUGUCAUUAUUUUUUAUUGGGAAUAAGGAUUAAUGAUUUUCUGAAAUUUAUUUGUCUGUAUUAGCUGAAACUUUGGAAACCAGUUAAAAUUUCUAUACUAUUUCAAGCAACGAGAAGGGAAGGGAAAUAUUGGUUUCACAGCAAUUUGUGUAGCAUAUUUCUGAUUGGGAAGUUAACUGAUGACAAAUGCCAAAGAAUAUUUAUUUAAAUUAAACUGGCCAUACUUUUAAGUACUGUUUGCCUUAUUUUCAUAAAACAUUGCUGUUACUAGUACUUAUAGUAAUGCAUCUUACUCUCCUCGGUCGAGGAAACAUUUCUGUGGUCCUUAAUAUGACGUACAAAAUGGUUAGUUACAGCUGUAUCUUGUAAAGACAUUCGACAGCAAUGAGUACUGAUAUUGUUUUAUUGCCAUGUGACAUAUGUGUAAAAAUGUAAAAGCCUGACUGUAACUCUUUCCAUUUAUUUCAUUAUUUAUGUGUGAUUUAUUACGUGCAUCUUUUAGGCUGUGUAAAGAAAGACAAAGUGGCAUUAUUAUGUUAAAAAUUGGUCGUUAUUUUGACCAAUUUUUCUACAUAAAUUAUGAAUUUGUUCCCUUUUGGUUGUGUUAUUGAAGAUGACAGACUGCAUCACUUACAAGCUCAGUGGGCUAUGGUCAUGAUUUUGUGAGGAAUGUGGAGUACCUGAUAGUAUUUUUAUCUACUUAAAGUGUAGCAGUAAUGUUUUUCCCCUGCUAUUCACUCUCUGAAUGUUUUUAAUGACUUUUCAAGAAGCUCACGACUAUAGUUUAAAGCCACAGUGGAGCCAAAGUGAUUCUUUGAGUUCAUGAACUAAAAUAUGUGGAAUUUCACAAUGCAGAUCAUUUUAUUAUAUAUGAAGGUUUUAAAAGUUAUUUAAAAUUUUCUUUUUAGUGUACUUGACUGUGACAUCCCAUUAAAUUUGGCCUAGUGAAUUUUAUCUUCAUUUUAAACAAUUUUACAUAUUAUUGAUUUAAUGCAAUGCCCUGAUGUAUUUUUAAAUUAUGUGCUGUUUGCUGCUUGCCAGGUAUUUUACAAUUGGCGCGUAGUUUACUUGUUGGGCAAUAUCGGUUUAUGCUGUUCAUUGCUUCGUGAUUUUAUUGUAAGUUUAUAUUAGUUGUAAAGCAAAUUCGUGAUGAAAUCUUGUUAUUUAUGUGUUAAGAUACUAGAAUUAAAGAUCUUUGCUCAGAUUAA